UAAUGAAAAACAACAAUAUUCUGAUUUAGUGCCAGCGAGUGAUGGUGAUCAGACCUCAGGCCAGAAGAUCAAACUUGGGUGCUUACAACAUGUACAACCAAAUGGCCAGCGCCCGUCAACCUUCGUUCUCCCAGCAAGAUGGAUAUCUGUAUGCCCUUGGCAUCAACCAACAAUACACGGAGGCCAAUGAAGCACAGAAUCUUCUAAGGACCGUACAAGCCAUCAGGCAGGCAACCUAUGACUCCAGAAUGGGAUCACUGCUUAACCUUUUGUUUACUCUCGCCAUCAGUUUAUUGGCCACGAACUCCACUGGUGCUGUAGCCGGUUAAAUCAUAUGAAUGAGGCUUCAAGAUCUAUUCUCUUAUUUGGUAAUAUACCUUUAAACAUAGUAUAUAGAGC